AUGUUGGAUAGUGCCGGACACAUAGACGUGUUGGACGCGCUGAGUGGGGAUAGCUACAAACUGAAACCUCACGAGUUGAGUGAUGUUGGAUAGUGCCGGACACAUAGACGCUUUGAGUGAGGAAAGACACAUACUGGAACCUCACAGGUGAUUUGUAUUGGAGAUUGCCGGACAUAUAGACGCACGUGUUGAGCAAAGAUAGCUGCAUACUGAAACCUCACAGAUGGAUUGGUUCUUGAAUUUGCCAGACACGUAGACGCGCUGAGUGGGGAUAGCUACAUACUGA